AUGGGACGUCCUCUCGCCGGCUCAGAGCUGCGAGGGCCGUUUAUCUCUGACCCGCAGGUUCGGCCUCGCUGUCUCAGCUGCCAAAACAGUCCCAUUCAACAUUGUGCUGAGUUCAUCAAUGCUCGGCUGACACACACACACACACACACACAGAUGCACACUGUAAAAAACAAACACCUCUAUUGUCACUCCUCUUCAUAUUAUCCUGUUUUUUUAAUCGUAUUUGCAGAUCUGAGAGGACAUUUAUUCACUUUGUUAACUGUCUCUGUAUUUAAAGUCCUGUUUGUGUUUUUUUCAGCUUAUAAAAAUAUUAAAAACUGUAAAUUCAGAGUUUUAAAGAUGAGAACGUCUGCCUUUUUUAGUCCAAAUCUCUCUCUCUGAGUUUAGAUGAAAUUUCAAAGAAAAUAUUUCACAGAUGUUUUUAAUUAAAGUCUGUUUUUGUGGUUUUUUUUGCAGAUAUUUUUUAAAGUGUACCCUCUCCGAUCCCGAGCAGCGAAGCUCAGGACAACCUCGCUCCUCCUGCCUGGAUAUCUGGGGACCUCUGUGACAAGUCCCACCUCCUCCGUCGCCUACAGUGCCUAUCAACCUCCGACAGGUCAGGCCCCCGCGCUCACACGCAGAGGUCCCACACCCGCGACCUCUCCCCUGUCACAACUGUCACUCGGCUGGAGCGAGCAGAAAAAGCCUCUUUUAUCAGAAAACCUGAAGCGUCGCCGCUCUGACAAAGCCGAGGAACUGCCAGAGACGGACUGA